UACAUACAUAAAUAUCCUUUAAUUCCUCGAAUCUUACAGUUAGCAACUUUGCCUCAAACUCUUAAUUUCUCACAUAAACUUUGAUAAUUUCGUACGCAAUGGAAUCGGAAGCUUCAUCGUUCGAGUCGAGCGAGACGUUGGCAGCUUUUGUGGCGUCGACGCCGUUGCUGGAGGAGUCGUUGAAGGCUUGCGGCGUCGCCGAUGCCUCGGUGGAUAGCCACUUCGCCGUGAUUAAAGUUGGUGGGACAGCAUAUGUCGCGUUCUCCGGCAUCAAAUUGGCCGCCGGAGUCGACCAAAGUUGCCGGAAUUUGUUGCCGCUUCCCGAUGAACUAUUUUCUGGCUUGUGCAUGGAUGGGACGGAUAAUCCGCCCAUGGUCCAUGCCGGAUUAUUGCAUCUUUUCCAAUCCGUUUACACAAAAAAUUUCUUCCGUAAUCAGAUGGUAGAAAUAAUGAACACGAGCAAGUCAAUAGUCAUAACAGGACACUCAGUUGGAGGAGCAAUUGCUUCCCUCUUAGCUCUUUGGCUUCUCUCCCACCCGCAAAAUGUCUGUUCAUUAAUUUGCAUUACUUUUGGCUCUCCAAUGCUUGGCAAUGAGUCCUUUUCCCAAACCAUUCUUCAAGAAAGAUGGGCUGGACAUUUUUCCCAUGUGGUUUCACAGCAUGAUAUAGUGCCAAGACUGCUCUUUGCCCCUUCUCCUACCCCACUUAUUGCACUGGCUUCGUCUUCUUGUUCUUUCCAGUUUAUUUUUCACUUAUCAGAGGAAAACAAGACUCAGCUAUUCCGCGUUGUGUUGGCUUCUCUUGAAGUUAUAUCAAAAGGUGAAUGUAAGAGUUCAUUUUGGCCCUUUGGAAGCUACUUGUUCUUCACCAACAUGGGUGCAGUUUGUGUCGAUAAUGGGAUGCUUAUCGUUAAGUUGCUUUACUUGAUGUUACUGAAUGGUUCACCAAGUUCUAGCCUCGAGGAUCAUCUUGGUUAUACGCAUUAUAUUCAGAAACUUCAUUGGCAAUUUAUAGAGAGUAGAAGCUUCAUGGGAGGCAAUCUACCUGAGGCAAGCUAUGAAGCAGGGAUAACAUUGGCGCUGGAGUCGCUAGGAAUAGCUUCUCAUGAAUUGAAUUCAGAAGAUGCUAAGAAGGCCCUGAAAGAGGCAAAAAAGUCAGGUCGAACUCGCAACCUUAAUAGUGCCAUCCUUGCAAUUGAUUUAUCCAAGAUCAAUCCACUAAGAGCACAAAUAGAGUGGUAUAAAGCAUCCUGUGAUAAAUCUAGUGAUCAAAUGGGAUAUUACGAUUCGUACAAGCAACGAGGCAAACGAGGUGCCUCGAAAAGAGACUUUAAGGUCAAUAUGAACAGGAUCAGACUUGCAAAGUUUUGGGAUUCUGUGAUUGACAAGUGGGAAAAGAAUCAAUUGCCUUAUGAUUUUCACAAGCGUGCGAAGUGGGUAAAUGCUUCUCAGUUCUACAAACUCCUCGUAGAGCCACUCGAUAUCGCAGAGUACUAUAGGAGUGGGAUGCAUCAUGUGAAAGGCCACUAUAUGAAGCACGGUAGGGAGAGAAGGUACAAGAUUUUUGAUACGUGGUGGAAUGACGGAGAGGUUGAGAAUGGCACAGAUCAUACUACUGCUGCAAGGAGCAGGUUCGCGAGUUCGACACAAGAUUCAUGCUUUUGGGCUAAGGUUGAGGAGGCAAGAGACAGGCUGAUUAAAGUCAGAGCUGAGGCUGAUGCCAGAAAGUUUGUCAAGAUAUUGGAAGAUAUCACUAAGUUUGAUCAAUAUGCGAGGAGAUUGAUUGAAAAUAAGGAGGUUUCAAUAGAUGUUUUGGCCAAAAACUCAAGCUACACAUUGUUUAUAGAGGAAUGGAAGGAAUUCCAAUCUCAGUUACAGCUGUUCCAACCUUACUUUCCUGGAAUUCCUGAGGGUGAAAUGGUUCCUUAGAUAAAUAUUGCUUGAAGUUUGUGGGUCCAGUUGGGGCAUCAGUAGUAGUAGUAGUAGUAAAGAAGCUCAACUAAAAUAUCUGUUAUAAGUCUUACCUCCAAUCUUAAUGUAAAGAGGAUAUAUCUUUGCAAGGAAAACAGAUAUGAAUUAUAACCAGAUGAUCUAGUCUAAGGAA